GUGACCCCGCGUGACCCCGCGUGAUGGGGGCCCGAGCCGAGAGGCCAGGAUGUGGGACUCUGGGACCCCGUUAGUAGAAAGGCGACCUGAAAAGGCGGAACUAAACUUGCAAAUCUCGACAGGGAUUGGAGUCGAUGCCGCGAAGGCGGAGCCUAACGCCCACGAUCCUGACCAAUCAGCGCCCGGGAUGAUCUGCGAGGCCGGGAAGGGGAAAGGGGCGAGAUGGUUCUGCGGUCACAUGCUGCGGGGUCCAGUGGGAGGAGCAGUUGCCCGGCGGCUGCCCCGGCGCUUCCUGUUUCCGGUUCCCGGUUCCCGGAGUGGAGCUCAACGAGGCGCUUGGGAGGAAGCUGGCUGUGCCGCAAGCUCCGGGACCGGGGUCUGCGCCCGGCCCCUUGCUGGUCCUGUCUCCCAGCCGCGGGCAGGAACUCGGCCGGGGAUUCUGAGCAGUGGCUGCUCCCUUUGCCCGUGACACGAUGUUGCCCCUCUACAGCUCCUGGAGGACUGGCUUGCUCCUGCUGCUGCUCCUGGCCAUGGCAGUAAGAGAAUCCUGGCAGACUGAAGAAAAAACAUGCGACCUGGUAGGAGAGAAGGGUAAAGAGUCAGAGAAAGAGUUGGCUCUGCUGAAGAGGCUGACGCCACUGUUUAACAAAAGCUUUGAGAGUACCGUGGGCCAGGGCUCAGACAUGUAUGUCUACAUGUUCCGGGUGUGCCGAGAAGCUGGCAACCACACCUCUGGGGCAGGCCUGGUGCAGAUCAGCAAAAUUAACGGGAAGGAGACAGUUGUAGGGAGACUCAACGAGACUGAGAUCUUCAAUGGAAGUAACUGGAUCAUGCUGAUCUAUAAAGGGGGUGAUGAAUAUGACAAUCACUGUGGCCGGGAGCAGCGCCGGGCUGUGGUGAUGAUCUCCUGCAAUCGACACACCCUGGCGGACAAUUUUAACCCAGUGUCUGAGGAGCGAGGCAAAGUCCAGGAUUGUUUCUACCUCUUCGAGAUGGACAGCAGCCUGGCCUGUUCCCCAGAGAUCUCCCACCUCAGCGUGGGUUCUAUCUUACUUGUCACGUUUGCAUCACUGGUCGCUGUCUAUAUCAUUGGGGGAUUCCUGUACCAGCGACUGGUUGUGGGAGCCAAAGGAAUGGAACAGUUUCCCCACUUGGCCUUCUGGCAAGAUCUUGGCAACCUGGUAGCAGAUGGUUGUGACUUUGUGUGCCGAUCUAAACCCCGAAAUGUGCCUGCUGCAUAUCGUGGUGUGGGGGAUGAUCAGCUGGGGGAGGAGUCAGAAGAAAGGGAUGAUCACUUAUUACCGAUGUGAUUGCACUUUAAAUGUCCAGCUUCUUCAGCCCCCAAACCAAAGCAUCCUCAGCCAGAUUUCUUAAGCAGCCUCCACUCCAGUCUCAUCUAGCCCUUAAUGUUGCUGUUGCUUUCUGGUUUGCUUUUGGUUUGCAUCCACUUGUCAGUAGUAGAAAUGCCUUCCCUUUGUUCCCUAUUUUGUUUCCCUUCUAAGAGGUACAGUUGUAGGACAGAGAUAAUAUAACAGGGCCAAUGACAACAGAGGCUGUUGCACUGUCUCUUGGUAUCAGAAAGUACAAACGGGAGUUAUUGUGAGCAGAAGGGUGCGGCAGGCUCCCUGACCCUUCACUUUUUAAACACAUUUUCACAAGUUUUUGAGACACUGGAUUUCUUUAAUUAAAAAAAAAAAAAAAAGCAAA